UUCUUGGAAUGGAGGGAAAAGGGACAAACAAGCCAGCCAUCACCCAGGUCCUUUGGACGAUGUACGACAGCCUCUCGGGCUGCCAAUAAGAAUCCAGAGAGGAGGGGCCGUGGGCGGGACGGUUCAGUGGGGGACCCAAUCGGCGCGCGCGGGAGUGGAGGCGGAGGCCGGAGUAGUCUUCUGGGUCGGAGUUCUGAGUUGCGAGAUCCGUGGCGGUGCUCGGGGCAGGGCUUGGGGGGUGCAGUGGAUGGUGAGGCGCCGAAGAUGUCGGAAGCCAGCAAUACCAAGGCUGGAAGUGAGCCGUGGCGGGGUCGCUACUACAAGCUCGAGGAGAUCCAGGAGCACAAGACCAGCCAGUCGACUUGGAUCAUCCUGCACCGCCGCGUGUAUGACCUCACCAAGUUCCUGGAGGAGCACCCUGGUGGUGAAGAAGUUCUAAGGGAACAAGCAGGUGGAGAUGCUACGGAAAACUUUGAAGAUGUUGGUCAUUCCACAGAUGCUAGAGCAUUGUCAGAUACAUUUAUUAUAGGGGAACUUCAUCCUGAUGACUGGGAGAAAGUUCAGAAGCCAACAGAUACUUACAUUUCUACUGUUGAUUCUGAUGCCAGUUCGUGGAGCACCUGGCUGAUUGCAGCAAUAGUAGCAGCUCUUGCAGUCUUUCUGUACCGUUUCUACAUGUCUGAAUAAGCGCCAUAUUGAGAAGCAAUAAUGGAAGAGACUGUUUUGAUAGAGAGAAAGAAGAAUAUGUUCUUCAUGUCAGGACGAUAUUUGAAACCAUCCAUCCUCCCACCAUUCAGAAAGCCAAAACAAAGUUUCUUUGACUGUGCACUUUUAAUUCUGCCUUUUACUUAACCUUUAAGUGCAGGGGCUGGCUCUAUCAUGUUAAUCUAUUAACUGUGUGAGAUUACUAUGCUAUUGGGAUUAAGAACGCCUGAUACUAUCUGUGUAUUCUUAUGAAAUGUUGACUUUAUUACUUUUUGAUCCCCCUCAUGCUUCUCUUGCCAAAAUCAAUAGCAAGUGAAGACUCCUUCCUUAUGCUCACCACUUUGCCUUUUAUCUGUAAUUCUUUCAUUACAGCUGUUUUCCUUCAAAUCAAAUGUCCAUUUUUAAAGUUGUAACUUCUCUCUUCCUAAAGGAACAAAACCUAGUUUUAGCAUGGGAGUAAUUACAUAAUAACACAGUGGCUUGAACCAAUAGAGCCUGUGGUGUGAACAGAAAGCAAUUAUGGUCUCCCCCUCCCCCCAAUUUCCCAGCUACCCUCCUGGGACUUGGCCUACACCAGUAAAGUUCACACAGCAGCAUCUUUGGAACCAAGCUCUGCCUCUAAUAGGGCAGUAUAUUUAUAAGUAUCUCUGGGCUGAAAUUUCAUUAUAAGCUUUUGCCAGGCAGGGGAAAAAACACCCUUUCCUUUUCUCUGUUCUGAGUUAUCAUGGGUUGAAGGAGAAAUCUAGGCCUUAGACUUACGCUAUCUGGGUAAAUUGCAUAAACAGGGUGGUGCUAUUUUAAUCGGAAUCCGUAUGUGUGUUCAGCUCUUGUAAAAUUAGCCUUCUUAACGCUACUCAGAUUACUGUAAAAUCUGCCUUGAAUACUGCAAUUGUAAACCAAUACAUGAAUGUCUUGAAUCUGUUCUCAUGUCCUUUUGAUAAAAUAAUGGAACAAUAUGAAAGUGAACGUCACAUGCCCAUUUAUUUUACAUAACUCUGCUUGCAUGUACAUAUGAUUUUACUUGUUAAUUCUUGUGUUAUUCACAUGGAUAAUGUUUGGGAAUAAACUCAGAUGUUUACUA